AUGGACUUUAAUUUUUCGCACACUUCAGCAUAUUUGCUUAGCACAGAAACUGGUACUGACCAAUAUAAGAAAUUCGCAAUUGAUCCAAAUAUUACAGAUUACAAAGUUCUUUUGGGUUUGCUGCGUAAAUGCUUUGAUAUUAACUGUGACUUCUCGGUGUGUUACUUGGCUAUUGAUGAAUUCGGUGAACAGUUUUAUUUACCUUUACAGUCCGACUGGGAUCUGGAUGCGUCGAUAGUCACGUCAUCUGAUUCCACUUUACGACUUAAAAUAACCCUAAAGCCUAAAGUUUCUGAUCUUCAAGACUGGGAUAUUAUUAUUCCAAGUAGUGUUCAGUCUAUCUCCAGAAGAAGAAAGUCACAAAAUGAUACAAAAAUGAUCUAA